AUGGAUCAGGACCAGUCCCCCAUCACUCCCUACGUCUACCUAGACAACAGGGGUCACGUAUACGAUGAUAAACCACUCAGAGUGGUGAGCACCUGCCAUCUAAGACUCCGGAACUUCCCCUUUGACGUCCAAAACUGCAACCUGACUUUUGGCUCCUACUUACACUUUGAUACUGAUAUCCGUGUUCUUAUGAGCUCAGCAGAAGACAUUCUGAUUGAGUCCAAAAAAGUCUUAGCGACUGAAGGAGAAUGGGAGCUCAUAGAUAUUAAAGCUGCUCAGUCUAUUUUAAAUUUAGAGGACGGAAGAUACCAGCAGAUUGUGAUAAGGCGUCGAUAUCUUGUAUACAUGGUCAACCUGAUCAUCCCCAGCUGCUUCCUGGUCACAGUGGACCUCUUCAGCUUCCUGUUACCCCCACAGAGUGUGGACCGCUCGGCCUUUAAGAUGACCCUCAUCUUAGGCUACACCGUCUUCCUCUUGCUGAUGAAUGACUUGCUGCCGGUCACUGGCAACACCAUACCUAUUAUCAAUGUUUUCCUCUCCCUCAGUCUUUCCCUGAUGGUGGCCAGCCUUUUGGAGACCAUAAUUGUCACCCAUAUCCAGAACUCCAGCAACAAAAAACAAGUACCUCGCUGGGUUAGCAUCCUGGUGCUCCAGUACAUAGCCCCCGUCAUCUGCCUACCUCUUAAACCACAGAGCAACAAGGUCACAGUCCACCUCAACCCAUACCAUAUACAAGCAGGAACUGGUGUGGCGAAUAGCAACCCAGCGAUACAGUCUUGGCUCCACCCCACUGAUCACCAGCCAAUGACAUCGGCCCGUGAUCCGGAGGUGAUGGAGGAACUGCGGAGGCUGAGCCAGGACCUGCGCUCCAUCCGUCUCCAGGUGGCGAACCACCUCGAGGGAGCACAGACCUCAGAGGAAUGGGCCAUGAUAGGGUCGGUGAUUGACCGGCUGCUGUUCAUCAUCUAUUUUAUCUUCAUCCUCUCCAGCUUCUUGUGUGUCACCUUUCUGUGGCUCUACAAAGAAUAAUACAAACAUUUUGUCCUAGUAGUCGGUAGGAGUUUAGUUUUGGUAGUUUAUCAGAGUUUUCUGUUUAUAUUCUGUGUGAUUGUAAGGUGGUAGCUAACUUGGUAAAGUGUGUCUGUUAUAAGCCAUGGAUUUGCUGUAUAGUAUCUGGCUAGAUGUUUCAUGAAUGGUUUGGUGUGUAGAAUAUUAUCCCAUUUGCCACAAUCGUUCACUUUUCGCGUGGUAGAUAUAUAGGCCUGUGUAGACGGAUUGAUGACAAUAUGUAACAUGUCUGCAUUAAAAUAUCAAAAAAUGACGAGACCUUUGUUGAGUUGUGCAUUA